AUGGCAGAAGAACAAGGUGGUGUCCUUACCGGUGCGAACCCGACCCAUUAUAAUGCUGCCGAACCUAUAACUCUGUUUAUCAUACAAGUGAUAAUGAUCAUUUUUUUCACGCGUAUUCUUCACGUCAUCUUGUCGCGCUUCCGACAACCUCGCGUGAUUUCUGAAAUUGUCGGUGGUAUUAUCCUUGGUCCAUCAGUUUUAGGCCGCAUACCCCAUUAUAUGGAUACAAUCUUCCCUAAAGAAUCACGUCCUCACCUGUCCUUACUAUCGAAUUUGGGAUUGAUUUUGUUCUUAUUCAUAGUCGGUGUUGAAUUGAAUCCAAAAAUCUUGAAGAAGAAUGCGAGAGUUGCAAUGACGAUUUCUGCUGCGGGUAUCAUACUGCCUUUCGCUCUUGGCAUUGGCGUUGGAUAUGGAUUAUAUCGUGUAAUGGAUAACGACAACGUGUCAUUCUUUACUUUUAUUCUUUUCAUUGGUGUGGCAAUGUCGAUCACGGCGUUUCCUGUACUCGCACGUAUUUUAUCAGAACUUCAACUACUUAGAACACCAGUUGGAGUUACCGCUCUUACUGCGGGUGUUGGAGAUGACGUGGCUGCUUGGGUUCUGUUAGCUUUGGUCGUCUCGAUCAUUAAUGCAAGUUCUUCGCUUACUGCCUUAUAUAUCUUCCUCCUUGCAGUCGCUUGGGUAACGGUAGUUUUCGUUGUUAUUCGUCCAAUCUUGCUAAAACUUAUCGUCAGAACUGGAAGUAAUGAUAAUGGACCCACUGUUACGAUGAUGGCUAUCACUUUAUCCCUUGUGCUAAUAUCUUCGUUCGUUACGAGCAUUAUUGGUGUGCAUGCAAUUUUUGGAGGGUUUUUAAUGGGCGUUAUUAUUCCACAUGAAGGUGGUUUCGCUCUGGGUAUAACGGAGAAGAUUGAAGACUUAAUUAGUGUUUUGUUUUUACCCAUCUAUUUCGCCUUGUCUGGAUUAAAAACUGAAAUUGGUCUCUUAAAUGAUGGUGAAGCUUGGGGAUGGGUCAUUUUGGUAAUCAUCGUUGCAAUGUUUGGUAAGAUCUCAGGUGCUACACUUGCGGCUAGGUUCAACAAGUUGACUUGGAGAGAGUCAUUGACAAUUGGCGUUUUCAUGAGUUGCAAAGGUCUUGUUGAAUUAAUCGUUCUUAACAUCGGACUCGACGCAAAAGUCAUCAAUGCUAAAGUUUUCGUGAUCAUGGUUGCCAUGUAA